CUCCGCCUUUCGGGAGGAGGGCUUGGGCAGAAGAGGCGGGGUCUCCAGCUGCCAGGCCAGGCCAGGCCAGGCGAAGCGAGGGAAAUGGCGGCCGCGCUGGGUUUCUCCCCGGAGCGGCUGGCGCGCAAGCUGGCCAAAGCCGAGGCGCUGCUGGCGGCGCACGUCUCCCCGCCGGUCCAGGCCCGCUGGCGCUGGGCGGUGAAGUUGGACGGGCCGCCGAACCUGGAGCGCUUCUGCGCGCAGCUCAGCCAAGCCCGGCGAGGCCGGGAGGCGCUGCUGGCCCGCAACGCGAGGCUGUCGGAAGCCGAGCAGGAGCGGCUGCAGGGGCUGCUGCGGUUGGAGAUGGCGCUCCUGCGCGGCAUCCAGGCCCUGGGCCAGGGCGCGGCUCCGGCCUUCGCCUCGGCGGGACGGAGGCGCGGGAGGACGCCCGGCGUGGCGGCGCUGCGGACGGCCCUGCUGGGGCUGGCGGCCGAGCUGGAGGGAGCGGAGGGACCAGACCUGUCCGGAAGUGCUGCGCCUGCUCUGGAGGCGCUGCUGGAGAAGCGGCCGCGGGAGGCGCUCCGGGCGCUGGAGUCGCUGCCGCGGGAGAAAGGAAGCGCCCGGCUGGGGUGGUGGCGGCGGCGGCGGCAGCUGCUGGCCCUGCUCCAGGCCCUGCAGGAGGAAGGCUGGGCCGAGCGGGCCGACGAGCUGCCGGUGGAGGACCUGCGUCCGCUGCUGGAGAAGGCGCUGCGCCUGGCGCGGAGGAGAGCGCCCAGCUGCCCCGAUCGGGUGGAGAUGGUGGUGGGGAAGGAGGAAGAGGAUGAGAAGGCUAAUGAGGAUGAUGAAGAUGAACAAGAAGAGCAUCCCAAUGGGACCGUGCCAAAAAUCUCCUUGGAGGAAGCAGGACUGGGUCACAGGUCCCCCCAAGAGGCCCCCGGGGAAAGCUCUCCCAAAGACCCCCAUCAGGAGCAUCUUAUGCCCCGAAAGAUGGUGGGGAAGGAGGAAGAGGAUGAGAAGGAUAAUGAUGAUGAUGAAGAAGAACAAGAAGAGGACCCCAAUGGGACCGUGCCAAAAAUCUCCUUGGAGGAGGCAGGACUGGGUCACAGGUCCCCCCAAGAGGCCCCCGGGGAGAGCUCUCCCAAAGACCCCCAUCAGGAGCAUCUUAUGCCCCGAAAGACGGUGCCCGUUGACUUAAAGUCUCUCCUUGCAUGUGGGAUGCCAGCUGAGAUGGAUGCCCCCUCUUGGAAGGACAUCCCCUGGAGGAAGGAAGCCACCACAGGUCCCCACCAGAAGCUUCUUGAGUCAGGAAAGACUGCCAUCCCGGACUUCUGCUCUCCCCAUCCGAAGGAGGUCUGCGGGCUGCAGGUGGAGAGGGACAAUGCUCCCUGUUGGAAGGACUUCCUGUGGAGGAAGAAGGCCAUGGAGGGGGCCCACCAGGAGCAUCUUGCACCAGGAAAGAUAGUGCCCACUGACUCCGGGCCUUCCCUGGCGAAGGAGGCACCUGAGCCGCAGUUGGAGAGCGACGAUGCUCCCUGUUGGAAGGACAUCCCAUGGAGGAAGGAAGCCACCAGAGAUCCUCAACAGGAGCUUCUCGAGUCGCUUAAGAGUGGCGUCCCCGACUUCUGCUGUCCCCAUCCGGGUGUCCCCUUUGUGAAGGAUGCAUCGUGGAGGAAAGGGCAGGAUCUUCAGCAUGCCCUGCGGCAAAUCACCAGGAGGAAGAUGGAGGCCCUGUCCUCCUCCUUGUGGGCUCAGGGCCCUCGGAACAUGUGCAGCCAUCUCCACCAGCUUUGCCGCCAUUGGCUGCAGCCCGAAAGGAACACCAAAGAUCAAAUGCAGGACCUGGUGGUCCUGGACCAGUUCCUUGGCUUCAUGCCCCCGGAGGUGGAGAGCUGGGUCCGGGAGUGUGGAGCAGAGACCACCUGCCAGGCGGUGGCCCUGGCGGAAGGGUUCCUCCUGAGCCAGGCGGAGGAGGAGAAGGAGAAGGCAGAGCUGCAGAUCCUUCAGUUCCAGAGGGCUGACUUGAAGACCAUCCCUGAGGAUCUGGAGAAAAGGAGGGAUCCACCAGAGCCUUCCCAGGAGAUGUUCUUCAGGGAGAUCUUCCAUGAAGAUCAAAGUCAAGCCAUCUCUCCCAGAGAGUCGGCAUUCAUAGAUUCUUCUUCUUUUUCUGAUGGAGUUGAAAAAGCCGCUGAACGUCCAACUCAGGUUCUCAUGUCUUUUGAAGAGGUGGCUGUGUAUUUUUCCAAGGAGGAAUGGUCUCUGCUAGAUCCCGAUCAAAAAACACUCUACCGAGAAAUCAUGCUGGAGAACUCCAGAAAUUUAGACUUUCUGAGAAAUCACGCGCAGGAGAACGAGGAAGCCUUCCAAAAGUUCAGGGAUGGAGAGAGGCAAGAGGAGUUUGCAAAGCCAGUGGGAGCAAACGGAAAAAAACUAUCGGCAGAUGACAGCCAGGCUUGCCCACCUUCGCCACCUUCUAAAAUUCAAGACUUUCUUCCCAAAGGAGAUCAGAAAGAAAAAAUAAAAGUGGAAAGUGUGGAAACCAUUGACGGAGGCUUAGAUUUAUGUCAGCAAUACCCAGUUCGAACUAAAGAAGAGAAUCCAUGCCAAGAGGAUGAAAAACAUUACAAUAAUAUCCUUUCUAAACAUGGAAAAGCCAGUGUGGGAAAUAAACCCUACCAAGAGACCAGUUCCCUUGCUCCCGAUGAAAAGAUCAAUUCAGGGGGGAAACCAUAUAAAUGUAUGGAAUGUGGAAAGAGUUUUGGCCAGCGCAGAUACCUUACUUCCCAUAAAAUAAUCCACACGGGGGAGAAACCAUUUAGGUGCAUAGAUUGUGGAAAGAGCUUUAACCACAAGGCUAACCUUAAUUCUCAUAGAAUGAAUCACACAGGAGAGAAACCGUAUAAAUGCGGUGAGUGUGGAAAGAAUUUUACCCAUAACUUUCAACUUACGUCCCACAAGAGGAUACACACCGGGGAGAAACCGUACAAAUGCGCGCAGUGCGGGAAGAGUUUCAACCAGCGCAGUAACCUUAAUUCUCAUAAAAAAAUCCACACCGAGGAAAAACCGCAUAAGUGCACGGAGUGUGGAAAGAGUUUUACCCAGAAGGGUAACCUUAAAUCCCACAAAAGGGUCCAUGUCGGGGAGAAACCUCAUAAAUGCAAGAAGUGUGGGAAGGCAUUCCAUUAAAAAAGGGUCCCUUAACUCUACCCAGAAUGAGCCACACGGGAGAAGCCAUGUAAAUGUUUGGAAUGUGGAGAGAUUCUGCGAAAAUCCACGAAACCAUAAAUUCAGAGGUCCGGGGCUUCAGAAGUGUCCACUUCCAGGGACAAUAAUGGGCCCGAAGAGAUUUCCACCUAGCUAUACUAUUGCCAUCAAGUGGCUGAAUCCAGGAAGACAACCACAUUUUCAGAUGCACCUGGAAGUUUUGAAUAAUAAAAAACUGUAUGUUUGAAUUCUUAA